UUAGAAAUUUGACGGAGUAGAGAGGUGGUUGACGGCUGUGAUUGAUUUGGUUUUGAGUUUAGGACCAGUUGUAAGUCUUGAUAUCAAGAUCUUGAGAUGUUUACAGUCUUUGUUGACCCUGCUGCAGCACCAACAGACAAGCGGAGACAAUGCAUAACCAAAGCCUGUCAAGAUAUCGGUGUCAAUAUUGACUUCGUUCCUCAACGGGUUGAGAGAACUAUAUCAUGGUGUCCUCCACUGAAUGCUCCUCCGUCAGCUUUGAGUGACAUCCAGCAAGAAGUUGUGGCUUUGCUGGAAGCAGAAGAAGCAGUGAACAUGAUUUUUGCACACAUGCAGCUGAAACAAGGUGAAGAUACUGAUGACAUUUCUUUGACCAAAUGGGUGGAGUCACUCCAGAGUGCUCUCAGUGGACAGAAUCUGACUGUGAUCAUUAUUGGCCUUUCCAAGUAUUUCCGUAAACGGAAACUGAAUGAUAGACAGCAGCAUAGAGAGUUGGUGACAGGGAAACCAAGCAGAGGAAGGAAAAAGGUGACCCCGGCAGGCCCGUGCAUCUCUACUGAGGACGCUGAGGAGGCUUUUGUGGAUGUGCAGCUGUUUACUGGCUGUGUCGUUCAAGAUGUUGCAGAUGAUGAGGAACUUGCUGCUCAGCUGAAAUUUUACACAAAAGCUGUGAGGGAUAAACCCGCCAAAAAGAAUAGGUUUGAAAGUGCGUUCUCCUUCCUGGAUGAAGGAACGAGUGGUCUGAGUGUGAACAAGUCCGGCCAAGGUCUAGCCAAAGUGUGGAAGCAUCAGCUCAUGCAGUUCAAAAACUUCAGUGCUGAAAUGGCAGAUGCAGUGAUGAACUCUUAUCCAUCUCCUCAGUUGCUGCAUCAGACUUGUCAAAGCUGUAGUACUGCUGAGGCAGAGAGGCUGAUUGGAGAUAUAAAUGUCAGACGAAGUGCAAGUGUGAUUUCUACCAACAGGAAGAUUGGAAAGGAACACGCCAGACGUAUCCACAAGUUCAUGACCUCAACUGACUCUGAGGAAAUUGUGAAAUAAAAUCUGAUCUUUGAUUUA